AUGUUAGCUCUAUUUACACACAGUUGUCGUGAAACGGGUCGACGGGUUAUGCCGUCACGUCAUGUUAUGCAACGUCUGGUUUCCCCCGCGGCCGUUUCUUAUGUCCAGGGACAGUCACCAUCUCCAAAAGUUCGAGAGUACUUUUAUUACAUUGAUCACCAAGGACAGGUAAUAACCACUCAUGAUCACAGUUUUUGUUGUGUGUCAGUUGUGUUUUCCCAGCUUAACGUUUUACCCCCUUGACCUAACCCAGCUGGUGGAGGGGGGGAAUGGGUACUAGCGGGAAGGGCCGCCCCUACCAAACCCCUCAGUCCGUCACAGAUGGACACUUGGGUUGAUGAUGUGUAUCCAGAGUCGUUCUUUUGCAUCCCAUGUGAAUAAAGUCAGUAAAGGUGUUGUGACAUAUGGCUAGAGCUGUCACUAGGCUACGGGCACUUACCAUUUGUCAGAAACAACCUCUUAUGCAGGGGCGGAUCCAGGAUUUUUUUUAGGAGGGGGUGCACUCGUCUCUUGCUCUACUUCAACACCAAUAAACCACAUAGUUUUUUUGGGGGGGCAGAAUACCAGUUGUAUUAGAAAAUGGCAGGUCAUCUCAGGAGGAGGGGGGUUGCGCACCCCCUGCACCCUCCCCCUAGAUCCGCCCCUGUUAUGAAUUUCUGUCAGACCUCAACUGAUGACAGGUUCUUAAAAUUAGGUUCUGAUCUGUGAUUUUUAACAGUACUGACAUUGAAUCAGAUUCAACUUCAAACAGCCUUAGCCUGCGUCACAGACAGAACUAAAUAUCUACAAAGUCCUUCUGCAAAAAAGCACUGAAAUCCUUGUUCUGGGCCCUCACCUGUUUACCAGUGUUUGUUUAUGCACCAUGAUUGGCUCAUUACAAAAGCCAUUGUGGAAUUGCAAUCAGAUUUAAGAGAAAUUUGAAAUGCAUUUCCAGUAAUUCCUUGAGUCUGCUUAUGGCCCAGAACUAGGAUAUUGGCGUUGCUUUAUAGACGUUACCAACUGGCAUUAGAUUACAUCUGCGAUGCAGGCUAAUUACUGAAAUUACUGGCUUAUUACUGAAAACAGUGCUUGAAGAGAUUAAGAAUGGCAUGUUCUGGACUCCUCUACAAUGCAGCAACACCUCUCAUUCACAGACAUUUCAUUUAAUUUUCCAAAGAUGUCCAAAUUCAACAACUUCAUACAAUCCUUACCUAAAAACCCCUACCUCUGUAAUUAAUAUGGGAAUCUAUGUAGAUGUCCAUAUGGCUUUGCCACUUUGGAGUCAGUAUUAAUAAAGUUUGAUCAUUACUAAAUAAUAUGCUGAAGUAUUUGAAGCUUGAAGGUAUAAUAUGUAUAAUAUCCAAUGAUAAAGUUGAUCAUUUUUUUUUUCUACAUAUCUUUCAGUUAUUCCUUGAUGACACCAAAGUAAAGAACUUUAUUACCUGCUUUAAAGGUACAUGUACAAGUCAGUUUGUAUGCAUAAAAGUAGUCCAUGUUGCAGAUGUAACCUACCCCUGGUUACCAUGUCUGCAAAGCAGUACCAAGAUCCUUGUUUUGGGUCCCUAAUGGAUUCAAUGAAUUACCAGCUGUGCUUUUUGAAUUUCCCCUUCAACCUGAUUUCAGUGGCGGAUCCAGGGGAGAGGCCCACCCCCCCCUUAUUUUUGGACCAAACUGAGGCCCAAAGGGGCAAAAAAAUUCUUUUGGGAGACAGGCCCCCCCUCCCCCCCUUAUCUUAGGGUCUGGAUGACCGGGCCCCCUGCUUAUUUCAAUGUCUGGAUCUGGCACUGGAUUAGCCAAUUGAACCAUGGCUUUUUUUAUCAAGCCAGCCGUGGUGUGGAAUCAAAUCCUGGUACACGGCUAGGGCAAAGAACAAGAAUUUCAGCACCAGCUCACAGAUGAACUUAACAGGAGGUCUAGUUUUGUCUUUAAUGCUGUCUAUCAUAAAAUUAUUAGCAACAUAUCUCAUGUAUUUUCCACAGCCUUAUAUUAUUUUAAAACUGAUAAUUAUAACUGAGUUCACCAUUUCUUUGAAUUUUUAGACAAACAGUUUCUCAAGUUUUUCUUCAAGAGAUUAAAACAAAACCAGACAACAAGAUACACAGAGGAUUUCCCAUUUGUUUCCCCGUGUGGCAAGGAAAUGAACUACAUUCGCUGUGAUGAUUUACCAGUUGUUUUUGCAACAAUCAUCGAAGAUUCUGAUGUCAGUGCUAACCAGUCUCCAGGAUUGUUAACUUACAGUGGUAUUGGCGAUAAUUUAACAUUUCCAUUUCAACCAGAAAAGAUCUGUAUGCUACCAGAGAGUGGGAGAAUUUAUCAUCCAGGUCCUGAGAAAGUUGGUGGUGUUGCGCUCAUCAAGUCCAGCCUUGCCAUCGAAUUGAGCCCUUAUUUUGAGUACAGGAAGGGAAACCAAGAUAGUGACCCACCGACACAUUUCAAUUGGAAGGGAAUAUGUCAUGAGUUGGACAAUUCUAUGUGGAAAUGUCUCAGAUCAGCCGAGGUUGACGAGCUAAUUAAGAGAACAACUAAUUAA